AUGGAGAAACUAGAAAUAGCUUUCAUGACUCAAUUUGGGCACGAAGUUCUUGAUCGUUUCAAUAAAACCAGCAAGUUUUUGCAGACGGUAGAGCUAGAUUUGGUUACUGGUGACAAAAUGUUACAAUCGUUAACCGAAUUUAUUAAUGAAAUGCGAAAUAAGUUCGAUGAAAUUCAAAAAAAUGCCAAGAAGUUAGGAUGUUUUGUUAGUCAACAUUAUAGUGAUGAGAAUAAGCGUAUUAAAAGAAAAAAAUUUCCAAAUAGCAAUGUUGAAACUUCUCCAAGUUUGAAUGGCGAGGAGAAAUUUAAAAUUGAAAGUUUUCAUACUAUGGUAGACAAACUAAAAAUGGAAAUACAGAAGCGAAGUUCGGCUUACAGCAAAAUUACAGAAAUUUUCGGCUUCUUAACAAAUUUGCGUGAAAUGAAUUUAAAAGAUAUUAAGAAAAGUGCCUCUAAAUUUGUAGAUUUUUACACUGAAGAUUUGGAAGUUACCUUAGCCACUGAACUAGAACAAUUUGUUCCUUUCUUGAAAUCUGCUCAUAAAGACAGAAAAUUAUCAGCUUUAACUAUUUUUAAAUGGAUGUCAGAUUCAGAAAUAACGUCGAUUUUCCCGAAUGUAUAUAUUGCUUAUAGACUCUUCUUAACCAUUCCCAUCACAAAUUGUGAAGCUGAGCCAUCUUUCUCAACUCUAGCUAGGGUGAAAUCAGAACUUCGUUCAACUAUGAGUGAUAAAAGAUUAACUGGUCUUAGUUUGCUGGGAAUCGAGAAAGAUCUUCGAAAGACAUUAUCUUUUGAAGAUCUAAUAAAAGAAUUCGCAAACGCAAAAGCGAGAAAAAAUUUUGUUUUCACUUAG